AUGCAAACAUUUCUCUUGUAUUCAAUAAUGACUGAAAAUGCCUAAGAAUAUAAACUUGAUAAAAUUGUCUAUAAUUAUAAAGAAUCGUUACAACUUUAAAAUUAGUUUAAAGAUAAUGUUGUUGUUGCAGUCUCUGGAUUGUAUGGAAGCUAGAUUGGGAUAGAACAAGAAUUACAUAAUUAAACUUACUUAAAGCUAGACCUUUCGUAAUUUUUACAAAUUUCAGAAAAAGGCCAUUUAAUUGGGUAAAGUUUCAAAACACAAUUACAUUUUGUUUAAUGGUUUCUUAGAAAUUUUUUGAAAGUAUACCAAUAAAUGAAAAAUCUAUUGAAUUAACAUUAUUUAGAAUCCUGUAAGAUUUAACUGACAGUAUAAAAAUUUGUCUUGACAAUUCCAUUUUUAGUAAUUGGUAUGGAGGAGAUGAGAUUCCUUUUAGUCCAGCAAUAGUCUAACGUUAAUAAUAUAACUAUGUUGAAUAAGGAGAUCAAGAAUAUACUUGUCGCCUUAUCAAUCAUUUUAACGAGGAUAUUCAAAAAUAAGAAAUUAUACUAAGUUAAAAUUUAUCUCCUUUUUUUACACUCGUUCAAAGAUUGUAAUUCGAUGAUUAAGAAUUAGAUAAUAUUUUAUUUACUUUUAUAAAUAGUUUACUUAAUUAAAUUGUUUAAAAUGAAUACUUUUAUUAAUCAUAAAAUUAGCUAAUUUAAAAGUAAUAUCAAUCAAAAGAACUAUGAGAUCAUUUAAAAUAAACUGCUGAAAAAUUAUAAGGAAUAGUCAAAGAUGAAAGAAAAAACCUCUCAAAUAGUUUACAGCAAUAGAAUUAAUCCUUCUUUUUAAUUUUAUUCCAAAUCAAUACGAAACCUAAUUUGGAAGAAANACUGA